AGCAAACAUGUGAGACGUAACAAGAACCUUUACUGCCGAAUGUCGUGCAACAAAACCUGUAAUGUUAUUUCGAUUAUAAAAUAACAAGGUACAAAUUCUCUUAAUUAGCAGAACAUUUGUCAGCCAGCUGACUUUUAAGGAUGCCAGCAGGUGUAUCGUGGCCAAGAUAUCUACGGAUGCUUGCAGCCAGUGUGUUGUCAAUGUUUGCUGGAGCACAGGUUGUGCAUCAGUAUUACCGUCCUGAUUUAACCAUUCCAGAGGUCCCACCAAAGCCUGGAGAACUGCGAACAGAACUUGUUGGCUUGAAAGAAAGACAGACAGACUCGGCAUCUCAGAAACAAUGACCUGUUGAUUUGUUUUUCGUAACUAAUGUGUAUACACACACACACACACACAUAUAUAUAUAUAUGAAAAAAUAAUAAUUUU